ACAAAUUAAACAAACAAAAAUCAUUUUAUAAAUUUGCACCUUAUCAUAAAUAAAAUCACUCUUAGAGUUGGCACUAUAGAGUUUAGAGCAACUCAAUUAAACUCAUUUAUGUGUGUAUUUAAAUUAUUUUAACGCUACAGAUAUGAUGUUUUUAUUUAUAAGUUUAGGAAUACUCCUUUGUUUUACUCUAUUGUUAUUUUGGAAUGCACUAACGCCUGUUGGGAUUAUAUUGAUUUUCGUUUUGUUAUAUGGACUCUUCACAGCAUUUGAGUCUAGUGAUGACGAUUCACAAACGGUCAUUUUUCGAGACACACAUAAGAACCAAGACAAGUCCAGUAAUGACCAAUCAAAUCUAAAGAAUACCAACGCACAAGUUACGAAUUCUAAAAAUAGGUCCAAGUCAGAGCAAGGGAUACCACAGAAGAAGCAAUCAAUUAGAUUGCCUGAUAAAGAUAGAACGUCACCGGAUAGCCGAUCGUGUCUGACGUCAAAAUCUAUAAAUAGAGAUUCAGAAUGUAAAAGAAGAGAACAGUCUACUAGUAGACCAAAACGAAGGCAUAAAGGUGCUAAACUAAAGUUUUACCAAUCAAAGCUUACAUCAGAUGAAGACAGUCAUCCGAGAACUGAAUCAGUUUUAGCAAAGCCCGAAGAUAAAGACAAAGAUUUGAUCACGAAAUUGGUAAAGAAAAACCAAGACGUCAGAGGUAAGAAGGACGUUCUAAUAUAUGAUAAGAGAGCUCCCGAUAAGACAGUACCUGAUUUCGAAUAUCAAAUAAAUGUAGGUGGUCUGGAAGAAACUCAACCGCGGUUAGCACAGCAUGGAAAUAAAGGCAUAGAGGUUACCAAUAAAUGGGUAAAAGAAUACCAAAACGUUACCGCUAAAGAGGACGUUACUGCUAAAGAGGACGUACUUUUAGUGACUAGUACAUGUAAUAAGAAUGUUUCUGAUGAGACAUACCCUGAAUCCGACAAGCAAACAAACGAAGAUAAUGUAAAAGUAGAUGAAGUUCGCGACAUAAAUGAACACGGACACGUUUUGAAAGAAACGGAAAGAGAUUUACAUUCUGAAGGAGUACAAAUAGGCGAUGACGUAGGUGCAGGCGGUAUAAGUGACGUUUCGGUCAAAACAAGUUCAUCUAUGGCAGCUAGAAACAUAUCUAGGCUUAUUCAAGAAAGCCAAGAUGCCCUUGAGGCACAGGACAUAGCAGGUGCGAAACAGAAGGCGCUGCAAGCUAUUGCAGGCAUCAACAUUGAGAAAGAUAAAUUGCUAAAAGAUGUACAGACGGAUAUAGACGAGCAACAACUCGGCGACUGGUAUGGUGGAUGUUCCUUUGUUAUGAAUAGGAUUGGAGAAUAUUUCACUGCAGUCAAGUGCUUUUAUACAGCGACGAUAUUCGACCCAACAUGGAAUGUUGUUAACCACAAGAGUGUGUAUAACGUUCUGUGGAACUCAUUAGUGUUUUCUAAACGUACAGAGGAGCUGACCAGGCAGUACAAGGGUCUGAGACGCCUCCUGGCAGAGAUAGAUGACCUUGCUCAACUUGCAGAACGUCGGGGAAAAUGGGAUGUUUGUGUGGCUGCAGAUGGUGAUGUCAAUCAAAUAUUUUCCUACCUAAUGCAAUGUGGCAUAGUGGAACAUGAGCUGAUUAAACAACCAGGACGUAGGGCUUCCUUAUGGCGCUCUGCUCGAUGCUUCCUACGAAUGGGAAUGCAUGAGGAUGCACGAAAACUUUGCAGUACAAUUCUUCAACAUGCAUGUGAUUAUGAUGACCCGGAAGCUUUUGAGAUUUGGGCUUACUCAUUGUGUGCUACCAAAGAUUUUGAUAUUGCUUUAGAGAAGUGCGAACUAGCUAUAAAUUAUUGUAAAGUAAGUAUUUUAGAUUAUGCAUAUUUUACAUCUCUUAUUGAUAUAUAAAAGGUAACGUUCUUAUUUGAUAACAUACAUGUUAGUUAGUUUUGCAACCGUAUAGAAAUAGACACAAACCUACAUUAAGAGAACUUAAACUUGCAAUGUAAAGACAUCUUUGUAGAGCAAUUGAUUCAAUUCAUAUCGCGUUUGACUCCGAAAGAUAUUUGCUUAUAUUGAAUGUAAUACUAAGAAGCUGCAUAAAGUUGGAAACUAUUGUCUAUUUAAAACAUUUAGUACAUGAAUACUGUCGGGGAAAUAGUUUCCUGCAACUAACAUUUAUCCAUCUAGAGUUUGCUUUAUACAAGUAACAAGUGCGGAUGCUUCGUUGGACCCGAAUAGUGCUUGAACUUACAAUCCAUGUGCUGAAAACAUUAA